CGGAGGGAAGGUGCAGACUAGGGGCCCGGCUGAGCUGUGUCUGGGUUUCGCUGGGGCAGAGGCAGAAGCAGAGCCCCCAAGUCCCGGGCGCGGAGCCCCAGCCUCCGGCAGGCAGGCGGGCACGCACGCAGGCAGGCCGGCGGCGCCUCCCCUCCGUCUGGUCAGGCCCCGGCUCUGGCCCCCGCAGCCCGAGGAAGCAGUGGAGCAGGACGCCGCGAAGAGGGGCCCCGCGCCCCACGCUGCCGCCGGCGUGCCUCUGCCCCUAGCCAUGGUGGGCCACCUGCACUUCCAGGGCAUGGAGGACAGCCUCAAAGAGAAAAGCCGGGACGGCUUGUUGGACAGUCCCGACUCCGGGCUGCCCCCCAGCCCCAGCCCGCCCUUCUACUCCCUGAGCCCCGGCAUCAUGGACAGCCGAGCUGCAGGCAGCGGCGCCGCUGCUGAGGCCCCUGGAACCGGGCCCCGCGGGUACCCACAGGAGGCCGCAGCGGCUCCUCACCUCCUCCAGGACUCCGCCGUGCUGGAGAUGAAGCCCCGGCUGCACCCGGUGUUUUUUGGGGAAAGCAUCGAAGUGAACCCAGAGCCCGUGCAGGAAAUUCGCUGCAACUCCGAGGUCAGAUACGACUCCGAGAAACACUACCGAGAUGACAUCUUCUACAUCCCCGUCCCCACCAUCACCUCCUACAGUGAGACCAUCAUUGCCACCCCGAAUUGCACAUGGCGGAACUACAAAACCCAGCUGACCUUCGAACCCCGCCAGCGGGCCCUGCGAUUUCAGAGCACCACCAUCAUCUUCCCCAAGCACCCCAAGAACACUUACCGCACUACCCUCCACUACAGCCUGGGCUGCCCCAAGCGGUGGUUUGCGUCCAGCGUUCAGCUGGAACUGUGCGAUGACCUCCCCUACCCCGAGGAGCUCUAACAGGGCUCCUGCUUGGGACCAUGGGGGUCGGGGCGGGGGUGGGAAGCAGAGACAGACAGACAGAAGGGAACGGAAGAGAACCGUGGCCAGGAACCUCAAGGGGAGGGAGCUUAGGAAGACUGGCUGGGAGCAUGUGGCUGGGGACUGGCCUUGAAAGGAAACUAUUGGAGGGAAGUAACAGCCAGGACCUGGUCGAGAGAAGCUGCCACCAUCUGCCCCCAGGAGGGCACAUCUGGUUGUAUUGAUCUUGUUUUACUUGUGGAAGAUUAAAUAAAUAUAUCUAUUUUAUUAGCAUUUUAAAUGGAGUCCAGGCCCUUGGU